UUUUUUUUGAAGAUAAUCUAAACACAACAUAAAUAAGGAAAUUUUAUUCUAUUAAUAAACAAAAAUUCUUCUUAACAUGCUGUGCGUUGCUUAUACAAUUGCUGUGAGCAGAAGCGACUUGCAUUUUUCCUGCGUUAAAAAAAAAACAUUUAAUCUAAAUAAUAAAAUAAAAAAACAAAAUCACUUCUAAGAUUAUUGCUAAUUACUAAUUAGUAAUUACACAAUGAAAAAUAAUGAUUAUUCAUUGUGCAAUUAGCUCAACUCAAGUGAUCUCCUUAUAUAAAAAAUACUCCUCUGAGGGCGUGGAUCUAUCAUAGUCCUCAAUCCAAGUAAUUUUUUCUUUUGUAGUGUUAAUUUUUCAGCAGUUCGAUUCAACUAAAAAUACUUGGAUGAUGAUGAUUAAAUCUGUAAGAUUAAAUUGGUCAUGUAAUAAAUUCAUCAAGGUAAAACGUAGAAAAUGAGCAGUAUGAUUGUACUGGGUUUAAUGGUGAUAGCUUCUGGUUGUUUGGCUGAUGUCUCACAUUUAUUUAGACACGAUGAAAUAUUGGAAGCCACAACGUCAUAUCCACCAUUACCAUACAAAUUUAAUUACAAAGCUGGAAGAUAUCCUGGACAAAUCGAUCGUUACCAAUCAGAAUCUGGUGAUGGUGCUGGCACUGUUCGUGGAACUUAUUCAUUCAUUGAUCCAAAGUUUAAAAUUCGUACAGUAGAUUAUACUGCUGAUAAAAAUGGCUUUCAUCCAAUUUUAAAAAACUAUGAAGAUACACAAAUUCAACCAGUUGAUUCAGAAGCAGUAAAAUUGGCUAAAGACAGACAUCAUGCUCUUUAUGAAAGAAUUGCAAAUGACAAUGCACAAGGAACACCACAAUUUCUUCCAAGAGAAACUGCAAGUGUUCAGAGAGCACGUAACAAGCAUUUGGAACUUUUUGAAAAAAUUGCUGCAGAACAUCAAGCUAUUGCGGCUCAAAGAGGACAAUUGGAUCCAUCAGAAGGAUCACCAAAUUAUACUGGACAUUAUGUUGCUUAAUUUUUAAAAUAAAUCAAUGCAGUUGUUAAUAAAAAAACUCGUGUUGUACUUGCUAGAAGUAAACGAGCAGCAUUAACACAAUUACUUAGUGAUUAUAAAACACGAAGAUUGACAUUUAAAGAACUUGUAUUAUUUAAUUUUUACUGAUGCAAUUAUUUUCAAGAAUAAAAAAUAUUUUUUUUUUUGUUUUAAUGACAAUGUAUAA